AAGCUGACACUGUCUUCAGUCUUCUUUCUCCCCCUCGCUACAGCACGUGGCCACUACUCCUACUACUCCAACACCCCCACCUCCGUGUUGGUGUGUGCGCGUGCGUGUGUCAUUCACAUCUCCAGCUUCCAAGUCUCUAGAAACCCAUUUCUGGUGGCAGUCCUCUCACAAUGUUGACGUGUAUAAAGACCGAAGAUCGGGGUUUGGCUAUCGAUACAAGAACUGAAGACUCUCUCUGUGUUGAAGAAAUCAGUUCAGAAAACUUGAUUCAACAGCUGAACGACAGUUCAUUGGAUGAUGUCAAGGUGAAACUUGAACCUCAAGAUGCCCUUUUUGGACAAUUCCAGACUAUGAGGGACACGAUGCAUGAAGAUGCAAAAGUCUAUUAUCAGAGGCUGAGAGAGCUUGCUGGUCCUCGUGAAGAAAAUGUUUGUAAAGCUGAUACAGUAUUUCGUUCCAUGUUGCUAGAGGAAUCUUUGUUACCAGAAUCUGAAUCUACCAACACAGAACAGCAUAACAGUCAUAAACCAUCCACAAUAUUACGACUAGGACCAGCACCUCCUGUUUACGUACGGCCAACACAGACCAAGCCAAGUUUACUGGAAAUCUACCUCUCCAGCGAUUUAUAGCAGUAAACUUCUUCAAUGUCACACUGUCGCACACGGAGGCUGUUGAAGUCCAACAUUUACCAAAUCCAUCAAAUAUAGAAAAAGCAUUUUUUAACAUCUUUCUUUAUUUGAAAUAUUUCAUUCAUUCAUUUUAUGGAACAAAACUUUAAUUAGUUGCAAGACCAACUUUUAGUUAUCUAGAAUUAAUUUUCGUGUUGAGCAUAAUUAGAAAAUUAAUUUUCUUUGUUUGGGGAUGGUUAGAGUGGCUCAAAGAAGACCAAGUAAUUUAAAUGUGAAUAUUUAAAACAUGGACAGUUAUUUAACAGAUAAACUGUCAGUUCAUUUCUCUGUGUGCCAGAAUAGUGAAGAAAGGUCACUGGCUCAGAUGUGACUUGCAAGUUUUAUUGUAUAUCUGAGCAAGAUUACUUAAUUCCCUCAACACUCAAUUUCUGUAAUACUUGAUGGUUUAAACCUUCCAUAAAUUUUUUCUCUCCUUCUCACAACCAUGUCGGCUAUCACUAAAGACUCUACCUGGUUGCUUGACCUGCUUGAAAACAGCAGCAAAAUUACUCUCAAACCAUGUCCUAUCUUGAAAAGGACACAUUUGAUAAAUGUAGUCCAAGUAUACUUUGGAAAAAAAAAAUAGGAUGGUCAUGGUUGGAAUCAAUUUAAUCAUAAAAUGUAAAAUUCAAAGAAAUUGUUAGCAAGUUUCUGGAGUUGGAGGAGCUCAGUUGCCAUGGCAAUUUGGUGAACCUCAUAAAUCUUUUCUCUCCUUCUCACAACCAUGUCGGCUAUCACUAAAGACUCUACCUGGUUGCUUGACCUGCCGCAAACAGCAGCAAAAUUACUCUCAAAUCAUGUCCUAUCUAGAAAAGGACACAUUUGAUAAAUGUAGUCCAAGUAUACUUUGGAAAAAAAAAAUAGGAUGGUCAUGGUUGGAACCCAUUUAAUCAUAAAAUGUAAAAUUCAAAGAAAUUGUUAGCAAGUUUCUGGAGUUGGAGGAGCUCAGUUGCCAUGGCAAUUUGGUGAACCUAACAUCAUUCUCUGCUGAUGUGACUCUUAGACAAAAAGUGAGGAAGUGUUGGGGUCCCCAUCACUUCAUAGCAGCUAAGUUUUGUCUCACUUGACUCCCUUUUUGCCUAACCAGCAAUCCUUCUCAAGGGAUUCCGAUAGUUCUUUUGUUGAUGAUUAAAAACUGUCAACAUAAUUCGAAUUUUGGUUUUGGUCAGGAAAUGCUUCCUCAUCUAAAAAUGAAUAAUUUUCCUUGAACAUUUCAACAGAGUUGACAGUAUUACAGCUGUUUCCCAUCUGAAUAUCCUAAAACUUCAGAUAUUCCCAUUAUCUCGUCUCGUUAGCUGCUAACAAAGAAUUUGUAAAUAUCGUCUUGAUAAAAAAAAAACUAUUUUCUUUUGAACAAAUUAGACUUCAAGUUCUUUUUACAUUGUGCUCACCAUCAAAACUUCAUAUUCAGUGCUGUUUAUAUUUUUAUAGAUUUAUCAAACUGUAUAUUUCAAGUCUUUUAAGUAAGAAUGUAUAUUUUUAUAUGCAGUGGAAUGUUGUCUCAAGUAGACAUUGUUAGCUAUUCUUUACAUUUACAUCAGACUUUUACUUCAUUAAAACUAACACUGCUCCAUAUUUUCCAAGUUCUGUAUAUUUUUCUUGUUACCCUACAAUAACUAGUCUCAAAAUUGUAGUAAAAAUGUAUUUUUGUUGUGAAUGAGAGAAUUUUGUGAAACAAAAUAAAUAAUUCCUAAUUUC